UAACUAUUAGGGUUUCCCAAAAGAAGCGAAAUUAGGUUUAUGAAUCUAAUAUGGAAACCCAAAUGCAUCUUCACUCUUCUUCAUCUCUAGUCCUCACUCACGCGCGUCAUCUUCUCAGUCGCUAUCACGCUGGAAAGGAAUAUGGGUGAUCGGCAAGUAAUUGAGCAACAGCACAUAGGUGAUCCCCAACUGCCAUCUUCUCCUCCCUCAAAGGAUGAUAUGGUUUCGUGUGUUAUGGCUUUGGAAGCUGCUUUGCUUCCCUGUUUGCCAGCCAGAGAACUUCAAGCAAUAGACCGUUCUCCCCAUCCUUCACAUCAAAUUGAUGUGGAUAGGUAUGCAAGAGAUUUUAUGGAGGCUGCCAAGAAACUUCAGCUUUAUUUUAUUAGCCUGCAACGUGAGGAUAAGCCAACAAAAGUUGAAAUGCUUAGAAAGGAGAUUGCUCUGAUGGAAGAGGAACUUAACAUAAAAGACGAGCUGAUAAAGAAACAAGAAAAUUUAAUUCAGGAAUGGAAAAAAGAGUUGAAAGAUCAGUUAGACAAACACAAGACUGAGUUGGACAGGGUUUAGUGUAUGCUUAAUCCUGGUGCUUCUCUGCUCUUUAAAUGUUUAAAAAUUCGGUGCUACAUUUGUGGCUUAUUUUCCCUCUCCCCUCUUUAGAAUAUUGUUCAAGUUAGCAUCCCAUAGCAUGAAAUUCCAAACAUACUUAAAUGGCUGAGAAGAGCUGUGCAUCGGAUUGAAUUAAUUUAAAGAAUAUGAUAAUUCAAACUUAUGUAACUUAAA